UGAUUGGGCCUCACCCCUACCCACCACAUACUACCAUAUGAUGUCCUAGUCUCUUCAGCUGCGAUUCCAACGAAGUAACACACACAGCAAAAACAGAGGACGGACGGAGCCACACUGAUUAUACCUAGACUAGAUGGGGAACACGCAACAGGCCGGCAUCAAGAGAGAUGAUCAUGGUCAUGGAGGCAGCUGCGACCAGCAUCCACAGGCGGCCUCCGUUGCCCCUGAUCAGCUCGGGGCCGGCGUCGGGGGAGAUCAUCAUGGCGGCUGCAGCCGCGACCAGCAGCCACAGGCCGGCGCUGCAGAUAGAGCACGAAACCCGCUGCAUCCUAUCGCCGGAGAGCAUGUCGUUGAGACCUGCACCUCCAUGUUGAAAAAUUGCGAGAAAAACUGUGCUACAGACGGAGGAGGCAGAAGCAACGGGAUAGAUAUUCUCCCGCCUGCUGCGCUGCCGGAGCCAGACGGCUGGCAGUUUGUGCUCCACAGUUUACCGGUUGCCAAAGGGUGCAUUGGAGACGGUGAUGGCUUCACUGCUUAUGUGGAGAAGGCUGCGGGUGUGGCUGUCAGCGGAUCAUAUAAGGCCUCAUUCAGCAUUUCUCUGAGCAGGAAAGGUGAUACAAAGAAACGACCUUCAGAAAAAUACCGCAUUAGGAUGAGGGGAAUUGAUGCACCGGAGCUAGAAAUGGAACACGGGGAUGAGGCAAGGAAUGAGUUGGUGAAGCUUAUUGGCGGAAAGUGUAUUACGAUCAAUGUGUAUGGGACAGACCAAUAUGGAAGAUAUCUUGGUGACAUCUACUGUGACGGAAUCUUUAUCCAAGAAGAAAUGUUGAAAAGGGGCUUCGCCUGGUAUUUCAAAACAGGCGAGACACGUCCCGAAUUGGCAAGAUGGGAAAAGGAAGCAAGAGAAGCACGCCGAGGGCUUUGGUCAUCAGAUAAUCCUCAAAAACCAUGGGAAUGGAAGAGGGAUCACCCGCGCAAACAAAACAACAAAAAAGUUGAAUUGCAAAGCCAGGGCAAGGAGAGUAUUGAAACCCUACCAUGGCUGAUAAGUAAAGAUAUGGAGACCCUUGGUAAGGAGUGGAAAAAUAAGCUAGAAAAAAUUGUGGCUGAGAAUGUGGAAUUAAACGAUCAUCUCCUAGAGUUGGAGAGAAAUAAAAAGGAGGCCGAGGACCGAGCUGAGGAGUUAAAGAAGGAAAUGGAAAGUGUUGUGGCUGACAACGUGAAACUGAAUGAUAAGCUGGAGGAGUCAAAGAAAAAUAAAGAGAAGGAUGAUGAUCGAAUUUUCCAAAUGACCUUUUUCUCCGAAAACAUUGUGGCCGUAAACAUGGAUUUGCAUGGCAAGCUAGAGAAGUUAAAGGAGAAGAAUAAAAAGGCCGAGGAUCAAGCAAGAGAAUCAGAUAAGGAAAUGGAAAGUCUUGCUGCUGUCAACAUGGAACUGAAUGAUCAGCUCCAGCAGUUAAAGGGAAAUAAAAAGGUGGUCGAGGACCGAGCUGCAGAGCUGAAGUUUUCUUAUGAUAAUAUCAAAGCUAUAAACAUGGAUUUGCUGGAUAAGUUGGAGGAAUUAAUGAACAAGAACAUAGAGGCUGAGGACCGAACUAAGGAGUCAAAGAAGGAAAUGAAGAGUGUUGUCGCUGAGAACAUGAAACUGAAUAGUCAGAUUCAUAGAUUAAAUAAUAAGGUUUUGAACAAUGCUAGGAUACACAGAAAGAAACUGCAAAGUGUUAUAGCUGAAAACAUGGAUUUAAAUAACAAGCUUCAGGUGUUACAGAAGAAUAAUGAGGAGGCCAAGGACCGAGCUAAGGAGUCGGAAAAGAAAACGGGAAAUGAUGUAGCCGAGGAGCGAAACUUACAAGGCAUAAGACAAGAGAAGACUGAACAAGUUGUGAAGACUCCAGCGGCACCUCCUCCAGCCAAGAAUUAUAGCGAGAAAGAACCUGUUAUGUGGCGGAAGAAAAUGCCCGCAACGACAACUUCCGCACUUCCAGCUAAGGGUCAUUUGGAACAGACAGGAGCUACAUGUUAAAGGCAAGCUCUUCGAUUAUGUAUAUAUGUUGAAUGACUAUUUGUUGCAACAACAAAAAAUUAUAUGCUACAGAAUUCCUAUGAUAUGUUGUACAAAUGACAGCUAGCUAAUAAUGCCCAGUAUAAAA